GUCUCCGGGGAGGCGGUGCCGAGUUCUCCACGCCAGGUGGCCGGCGGGAAGAUGGCGGCUGUCAGGGGCUUGGAGGCGUGCCUCAGGGUGGCGGGCGCCGCCGCGGCGCGCCCGGAGCGGUUCCUCAGUGUGCAAGAUGGACUGGCUGCUGACUUCAGAACAUUAACAAAGACUCUCUAUGACUUGAAUAAAGCUCUGGGCAGUAAUGUAGUUUGUGGGGGUCCUCUAAAAGAGCUGGUGAUAGAAAAUUUUGAUGAAGAACAGAUUUGGCAACAACUAGAGCUCCAGAACAUUGCAGUACUCGAUUUGUUCAAGAAAGCCAUUGCAAGGGAUGCCAAGGAUGAAGAUCUUUGCCUUCUCUCAGACCUGGAAGAGGAUGGCUCUUAUGCAGACACCAGCGACCAGGAAUUGGAAGAUGACAGAAUGGAAGCAGAAACUGAACAGAAGAAUGUUUAUACAAAAGGUAAAACUAAAGCUAAAGAAAAGCAAAGUAAAUUCAGAGAAAGCAUAAUGCAGAAAUACAGUGAUGAAGAUUCUGAUAUUGACUUUGAUAUUGGAGCACUGGAGCAACAAACUAAAACAGCCAAGGGAAACACAUUGAAAAAAAUGGCAAGAAAAUCUAUAGUGGAUGACAAGUUUUUCAAGCUGGCUGAGAUGGAAGCUUUUUUAGAACAUGCAGAGAAGGAAAACAGGGAGGAGGAUGAAGAUAUUGAUUAUUUCGAAGACAUCAUUUCAGAUGAGGAAGAAGAGUCUGAAGAAGCUAAAGUCAAACUAACUAAAAGUUCUAGAGACUUGACAUACAAAGAUUUCUUUGAUCCAGUUGAUGACGAUGAUUUAAUAGCUAAUGAUGUUGAAGAUGAUCAGGAAGAGGAAGCAGACAGUGCUGCUGAAGAGCAGAAUGAAGAAAGCAUGUCUGAGGUUGAGGAUAUGAAUGAAAUGAUGAUGGAGAAUAUAAGAAGUAAAGGAGCCUCUAAAAAAGUUACUUUUAGUUUGCCAGAUGACAGCGAAACAGAAGAUGUUAUUGAUAUGCAAUUAGAGAAGGGCGUUGAUCCCAGUGAAAUAAAGUCUUCUUUUGAGAAGAGACAGGAAAAGAUGAGCAAAAAAAUAAAAAGUUUGGAAGAACAGUUGUUAGAGGAGAAACCUUGGCAGCUUAAAGGAGAAGUGACAGGACAAAAACGACCUGAAAACAGCCUUUUGGAGGAAACAGUACUUUUUGACCAUGCAGUCCGAAUGGCACCUGUGAUCACAGAAGAAAUUACUUUUCAGCUUGAAGAUAUCAUUAAACAGAGAAUAUUGGAUGAGGCAUGGGAUGAUGUAGUACCAAAAGAAAAACCUAAAGAGGAGGCUUUUGAAUACAAGAAACGUAUCACCUUGGAUCAUGAAAAGAGUAAACUAAGUCUCGCUGAGAUCUAUGAGCAAGAAUACAUAAAACUUCACCAGCAAAAGACUGAAGAGGAGGAAAAUCCUGAACACAAAGAAAUUCAGGAAAUGAUGGAUUCACUCUUCCUGAAGCUGGAUGCACUGUGUAACUUCCACUUCACACCCAAACCACCUGUGCCAGAAGUCAAAAUAGUUUCGAACCUUCCAGCUAUAAGUAUGGAAGAAGUAGCACCUGUUGCUGUUAGUGAUGCCGCUCUCUUAGCACCAGAGGAGAUUAAGGAAAAGAACAAAGCUGGUGAUGUAAAAACAGAUGCAGAAAAGACUCCCACAGACAAAAAACGAGAACGAAGAAAGAAAAAGAUUCGUAAACGUAUGAAGCAAAGAGAAAAGGAGAAACGUCAAAAGCUGCUUGAAAAGCUUAAACCAGAACAAGGCACAAAGCUUAGCAAAAAAGCUGCUGCAGCAAAAUUAAAAAGACUUACAAAAGAAGGCAAAGCAUCUCUGCUCAAGGAUGAAGGUAAAGACAAGGUCUUGAAAUCAUCCCAGGCCUUCUUUUCUCAACUGCAAGAUCAAGUAAAACUGCAAAUCAAAGAUGCAAACAAAAUAAAGAAGAAAAAGAAGCAGCAGAAAGCCCUCUCUGUUCACAAACUGAAAUUGUAAUUUGCCUUUUUCUAGAAAUUGUAUCUUGUAUAUAUUAAAUUGUUUUUACAUGAA